CUUAUGAUUGAUCGUAUUGUGGUAGUUUGAUCAUUUUUUAUGGUUGUACGUAAAAAUCAGUAGUCGAUACAUUUAGAAUGAUAGUUAUUUAAAGUUACGUAUGUAAGUCCCAAGUUUAUGUGCAUGUACAUGUACACGUACGUAUCGAAUACGUAUCGAGCCAGUAGUUAAAUUAUAACAAAACGUGGUUAGGUACCUUGCACCGUGACGACAUACUCGAGUGAGAGGCAAUACGUACGUAGAAAAGUAGAUAAUGUAGAAUCGGAUAGAAUGGCGUUACAAAUGCAAGACACUGGAGAAUUUAAACUCGUAACUCAUCGAAAGAAACGUGUUUUCUCCGUUCGAAAUAGUUGUGAUCCAAAUGUAAUUUUACUCGAUGAUAAUGAUGACAGUAAUACCGAUACUGAUUACGAGGCACUUUUUGGAAAACUGCUCGAAGCAGAGACAGAAUUGAGAAAUUCGUUAUUCGGCGACGAUGUUUUUCAUUAUUUACAAGAUUCGUUGAGAGCUUUGGACGUCGAUGGUAUUUCUGAGAUACUGUGCUAUGGUUUAGGUAAUUUUUCUCGCCGCAAGUGUUCCAAGUAUCAAUUGGCAUUACUUUUGUCAUUAAAGAACUACUAUGGCUCUCGAGUACAUAUAUACGAUCCAAUUUUUACUCCUAAAGAAACUGAUCUUCUAGAAAGAUUUGGCUUCAAUGUCAUAAAGAUCAAUGAGGAAGGCAAGCGAGUCGUUCAGGAUAAUGUCACGUUGGUGUAUAUGCCGCAUUGUUCGCUACAUUUAACUAAUAAUUUCCUUUAUGCAAAUUGGAGCGAGAAAUUAAACAAGUGCAUUCUUUUGACGAAUAGUUUUUCAGUUAUAGCGGCUAAUUUCAUAAAGGCAACUACAUGCGAGCCUGUUGACUAUAUCUUGCGUAUUCAACCGUACGUUACAGAAACUGUUUUGAGAAAUAAUUUUAUGUACGAGGACGUGUUCAAUGACUUGAAUAUUCACAUAUUUCUUAAACAUAAUAUCGAUAUGGUACCUAGGAAUUUCUGGAACGAAAGAGAAGAACCUUGUUACAGAGGCGCGACAUUCGAUUAUUUCACUGCUAAACAAACGGAGCGAAUAGAAGCUAAAAAUUGUCGAAAGAAUGAUGAAACCUAACGUACAGUUGGUUCGCUCGCUUAUAAAGGAAAUUCGUCAAUCAUCGUCCGAACGAAACGCAAAAGAUAAUAUUAUGGUGCGUUACAUUCUGGAGCAAACACGAGCUCAUAGGGAAACGUCGGAAGUUUUAUGCAAGG